UUGUGAACGAACCGACCACCAAGCGGACGACCGCUUGUGGUGUGAAAAAAGUGAUCAAAACAAGCCGGAAAUCCGCCUGUUUGUCCCGGAAACGCUUGACUGUCCAAGCCGCAACCCGAAAGACACGCAUUCGCUUCACCAUGAGCAAAAAGCCGAUGGUUAAACGCACCAACAGCCAACUGUCGGUCGGGCCGAAUCUUUCCGCCGGCGGUGCAUCGGUAAGCCGCUGCGAGGAACAGCUCGAUGCCGCCAUAUUCCGGACCCUGACCGUGCUGACCAAGCGCCAUCAGCCGACGGACGAGUUUAGGGCGCAGUUUUGCCGGGGCGCGUUCCUGAAACCGAACACGAAGGCCUUCAUCCAGGUGAUGCACUUCCUGUUCAACGUGUACGAUGCGCGCGAGUUCCGCAAGCGGUUCUACUGGCCCAUCUACGACAAGGGUGCGGAGAAUGCGUUCCGCACCUCGACGGUCGAGUACGUGAACAGCUUGAUCGAGCGGGGCAAGCUGGUCGGCAUGGAAAAGAUAAAGGCGCACGUCGUCGUCCUGCCGGGUGGGGCCAAAUUCAUGAAGUUUCUGCUCACGCUGAUCAAGUUCGUGCUGCAGGAGGAGUUGCGCCGAGCGAAAGCGUCCAGCGGUCUUGCGCCCGACGCUGAAGUUGAGCCGAUCACAAAAACGCGCAUCGCCCAAAUGAUCGCUUCCCACAAACGUUUGGUUGAUGUUAGCGAAGGAAUUCGCGGCACCAUUCGAGAGGACGUUGCCGCACUGACGGAACGGACGCGCAAGAUUGAAUCGCUAAUCGAGACAGUCCUGCAGGGGUGCGAUUUAGCGCAACAGAUGAACUACAACAAGCUGAUGCUGCUUUGGGACGUGCGGAUAAACACGCAGCACAGGGAGCAGCAAAAGAUCCGGCAGCGCAUGCAGGCGAUCGCCGACGAAUACGACCGGGUGGUGGAGAAGACGGAGAGCAAGCUGAAGAGCAAUGAGCUGACGCUGCCGUUCACGAAGGAGCAGCUCAAGGAUUGCCUUGACAAGUACACCGCGCAGCCGGGCAUGGAACAGGUGCACCAGCACGCGCAGGACGUGUUCGACGGCACCGGGAAGCUGCAUGCGGUCAAGCUGCUGCAGCUGCUGUCCGAGGACGUGCUGCCCAGCGUGGAACAGUUUUGCGGCUUUUGUGUGAAAAACCCCGAUGUCAUGAAGUACGAGCAGAAGGAACUAUCCAAGGUCGCGAUCAAGUUCGACGAACUUCGUCAGCAGAUCGAUAUGCUGCAACGCAGCCUGCCCCCGCUCGAGGACUGCCAGCUGCGGGACCUGCCGGGCGGGGACGAAAGUCCCGACAAGCUGGGAAAGGACAACUUCGCCAUCAAGAACAAGCUGUUCUGUACGCCCCCGAUCGUGAUGGACUUUGACGCACAGUCGGACGAGUUUCACGCCGCCGCUCUGGCCGGGCCAAGGAGUCACCAGCGGCUGGCACUGUUGAACAGAGAGGAUGUGCACGCGAUGAACGCACGAAUGAAGUUACUUUCCGUGAGUUCGUACCAGUUGCGCAGUCCGAAACCAGCGCCAAAGCAUCUGAAGCCGUCGACGGGCGAUCAAUCGAACGUUCCGCAGCCACCGAACGCGACGACGGGCUUUGCCGUGCCGCGUAUCGCACGCAAAGAAAAGCUAAACCCGCUCACCAUGCUGAACCGCAUCAAGGCGCAAAGCCAAAAACAAUGCAGCUCCUCCCGCUCCAAUGGUGAUGCACCGCCGGUCAAUAGUACGAUGAACAUAUCGACGCUGAGCGAGAUCACACUACGGCCCGAGUUUUCUUCCACCCUGCUCGGGACGCCGGAAAAGUGUGGCCCCGGUACGGUGGGUCGCACGCCGAACGAGGAGGACGUGGAGCGGAAACCAAGAUCCGUCCAGACGCUACAGGUUCCGCAGCAGCAGCACCAGCAGCAGAUCAAACGGAUGGUUAGCUCACCGACCGUACACUCCAGCCCACGGCUGAUGGCAAUCUACGCCGGUUCGAACACGUCCAAAUCGACGGUCUCACCGAAAACCCUGCUCCGUGGGCCGGGAGGCCAGCGAACGUCCCUGAAGCGAAGCUCACUGAUCGAGAACGAAUCGACGGUGCAUACAUCCCCCUCGGGAAGGUUGGAAUCGCUCGUGAAGCACGACGAACUGCCAUUACAACGUUGCUUACCGUUGCCAUUGGCGCUCGAGCCGGAAUCGGAACCGGGUAUCACCAACAGUGGUCAAGAAUUGGUGGACACGUCCGAGGACAAAACAUUGCGUCCUGAGAACGGUGGCCAAACAGAAGACCUUUCCCGCACACUCCUAGCGAUCAGUGCCGGUGGCAUUAGUCAGAUAGAGGUUGGUGAAGCUGAAUGUAAACCAGCAAGCGGUGAGAAAACCGGCGAAGACUUGCACAUUCCAGCGCCGGACGAAGACGAUCUGUUCAAUGUGAGCGACGGAAUAGUGACGGAUUUUGAAUGAGUUGUUGGUCCGUUCGAGUCGUGGACGUUCUCGUUACGUUGAUUUUAAAUCGUUAAACUUUCAUGCAACGCUUUCGGUCUCUUUCUCUGUGUUAACUCAUGUUAUACGUAUUAGAAUUAAGUAUAUAGGAAAAAGAAGGCUUUAUAUAAAAUAUGCUUUUUAUUGAAAUAA